AUGUCCGACCACGGCAGCAAUGCAUCCCAGCGAUCUUCGUCCCAGACCUCCCAUACCUCGACGGAGUUCAAGAAGCCCAAAACCCUCAGGGGUGCGCCGAAGCGCCAUGGCUCCAAGCAUUCCUUCCGUUCCAUCGAAGAAGCCGAUCCCGCCUUGACCUCUUUUCCAUCUUUCUCCCCCGAGCCAGAGACACGGUCGUCGAAAAUUACUCAAGAGGUGACACCCAAACCUACACGGACAGUAUCACAAAAAGCCAGGGAGAGAAAGGCAACCCUUGCAGGUCUGACCGGAGCACCUUCGUCCCUGAACAAACAGAAUGCCCUGUUUGAUGAUUCCCCACGGUCAUCUCUGGAUAUACCAGGCUCCCUCCACCUCGCUAGCGACGAUCAUAUCGAGAGGCUCAUCAGCAAGGCUGGAGCAGUGAAGUUAGUGCGACAGUAUGCCUCUGAUCUUGCGCAACGGGACGCAGAGAUCUCGGCUCUGAGGAUUCGCGCCGACCAGAGAGAAAGAGAACUGAAAAAGCUGUUGCGGGAGGCCAGCGUACCCACAGCAGAGGUGGAAAGAAGGCUUCUCCGGCUGGAACAAGGGGCUGGCAGCUCCGUCCAUCAGGAAUCAUCCGGCCCAGCAGAAAAGGCAGUUGUUGCGACCUCCUUAGAUGGCAUGAUGAGCGAAGCGAUGGAAGAGGGGAUCACGGUCAGCAGUCCAAUUGAGAACACGUUCCAUGGCGAACUGUUCCCCAUACAUCAAAGUCCGAAGUCUGUUGUCCAGACAGAGCUGCCCGACAGUCGCAGCCGGAGUGGUUCGAUGGCAUCUGCACAGGCGAGAGCGAGCCGAGCAACAAGCAGAGCGAAUAGUAUCCUCAGCGAAAGCAGCCAAGAUCUGGAUGCCACGUUGCGUCCUCGUGUUGCCAGCUCAAACUCCGGCAAGCUGUCUGGUCUACAAAGUAUUUUUCAGCCGCCAGCCCAGCCUUCGGGAGCAAGCUAUUUCAUCGGUGGUAAAUCUCCAAGAAAGCCCAAAUUGGGGGACGAAGCCAGCGUCCGAUCGAAUCAAUCCGGCCGGUCUCUUGCUUCCUGGACGCAGAUCUUUAGUGGCAAGUCUCAAACUGGGCGAUCUAGAGCGUCGUCUCUGGGACAGGAUGGCAGUCACCCCGGAGGUGUGAGCGAGGCCUCAGCCUCGCUUGCAGAUUUGUCAAAAAUACGGACAAACCCAUCCCACCCUGCGAGCAAGUCCUCGUUGUCUUUGCCUCCUGGUGGCAAUGGCCAAAGCCGGCCUCCCCCGAAACGGACCCCGACAUCAAAUAGACUCACUGCCAGUCCUAUUCAUGCUCGAAAGGAUUCAAAUGCAAGCAGUUUGCCUCCUACUGUGGAACUUGACUCUAUGAUUGAGAGCUCUCAGCUGCCACCGACCAUGACAAGCCAGAAUAGCGACAGCCAUGGAUUACUGACGGACAGAUUUGGCUUCAUAUAUGAUCAGAAACGCCGAAAGCGACAGACUUUGCAGACACGACAACACAAGCGGAAUAAAAUGAGUGGCGCAGAGACCAUCGCCAGUUUCCGGGCUGGAGAAAGCCCAAAGUCGGACGACGUCUUUGCGGACAGACCCACCACGCCCGCCUUGCUAGACGAAGAAGCGGCCAAAAAGUCGUGGCAGGACUACCUCAAGGUUACUACAGGUCUGUCCUCCGGCAGGCCUAGAGAGCUACUAUCGCAUACCCCUUCUGCUGGAGCCGUGGUGACGGUUAGUUCGGUCGAUACGGCAGGUAACACCACGCCGCCUCACCGGUCGCGGGAGAGGUCGAUUUCGGUCUCUGCUGCGGCGCACAAGGCACUUCCGAGUACCAGCGUUGUCACCGAGCCGCAGCACACGGCUGUCACGGCGGUCUCAUCGGACUUCACUGCCGACUCAGAGACGGACAGUGUGGGGGAUUCCGGCCCCACGAAAUUGCUCUUGGACCAGCUCACAGACCUGUACGAUGCCCUUCAAGCGGAGCGGUCUGCGAGAUGGAAUGACUUUCUGCGGCGUGUGCGGGCAGAGAGGGCGAACAGCUUGGACCGGGCCUCCAGCAAUACUCCCGAAGCAGAUUUGCUCAAUGGCGAGCUGAUUGGGAUUGCGACUCUUGGACGGUCAAAACAGACCAAGAGCAAGUAUUUACAUUUCAAGGCAUUGGUCCUCGGCGGGAUACCGGUUUCACUCCGUCCCAAGAUCUGGGCUGAAUGUUCUGGAGCUAGCGCGCUUCGAAAUCCGGGAUACUAUGAAGAGCUGGUUGCUCGGUCGCAAGAGGGGACAGAUGUCGAUGCCGACAUAGCUAGUCAGAUCAAAGCAGACGUUCGUCGAACACUGACGGAUAACGUCUUCUUCCGGCACGGGCCUGGUGUGCAGCGACUGGAAGAGCUGUUGAGGGCAUAUUCGCUGCACAAUCCGCGCAUUGGAUACUGCCAAGGAAUGAAUCUCAUCACGGCAUCUCUGCUACUCAUCUGUGCGACCGCCGAAGACUGUUUCUGGCUCCUGGUUGCAAUCAUCGACGUCAUCCUCCCAAGCCAGUACUUCAGUUCGACCUUGCUGGUGGCGAGAGCCGACCAGGUCGUCCUUCGUCAAUAUGUCGCCGAAAUUCUGCCAAAGUUGAGCGCGAAGCUUGAAGAGCUUGGGGUUGAGCUCGAGGCAUGUACCUUUCAUUGGUUCUUGUCUCUAUACACCGGUGUGUUGACGGGCGGAGAAGCCUUGUAUCGUGUCUGGGAUGUGAUACUUUGCUUGAACAGCUCCGAUGCGGUUCCCUAUGCGUUACAGCAAUCCAGAAAUCUAGGCGUCGACAUGCCUUCCCUCGGCUUGAGCGCCCCUUCCACUCCUGUGACGCUGUCAAUGCCCGAUGGACAAGCCGAGGACGGCGAACAUGACGGUACCAGCUCGCCUUUUCUCUUCCAGCUCGCACUGGCUUUAUUGAAACUCAAUGAAUCGGCCAUCCUGGCCCUCGACUCGGCGGCCCAGGUGUACACGUACAUCAACCACAACAUGACGAACCAUGCCAUCAGCAUCGAUGCGUUGGUGCAUGCUAGCGAGGCACUGAGGACCAGAGUCAAGAGAAGUGAGGUCCUGGAGAGGAGGAAGGCCGCGAUCAAAGCGCUGGGAGGCAGAUGA